GGAGGGAACCGUGGUUUAGCCGCCAGGUGUGGACCUUUCUCUCUUUCCUUCGUCAUUGUACGGUCCCUUUUCAUUUGUUCCCCAACACAACACAACACAACACGACACACGAAACAAAAGAAAAGAACAGCACAGCACAGCGUUCCCCCCCUCACCCCCUUCCCAUUUCCAAAGACCACCGCUUCACGGGUCCGCGAGACUCGGGUUCGGAUCUCUGAUCGCUGCCGCAACGCGAAACGAGUUUCCUAACUCAGAAUCCAGAUCCUCCUCCACAACAUGAUUGCGAUUCCCUAUUUAACCGCCUUAACCACCUACUUCAGCUACGGCUUGCUCUUCGCCUUCGGCCAAUUCAGGGAUUUCUUCAGGAAAAUCUUCGACUGGUGCAGCGCCAACAAUCUUCAGGGUUACGCGCCGAUCUGCUUGGGGCUCGAGGAUUUUUAUAUUCGCCGUUUGUAUCUUCGAAUUCAGGACUGUUUUGGGAGGCCAAUUGCAAGUGCUCCUGAUGCUUGGUUUGAUGUAGUCGAACGCUACUCGAAUGAUAAUAACAAGACACUGAAGCGAACUGAUAAAUUAAGUAGAUGCCUUAACUUGGGAUCAUACAACUAUCUUGGUUUUGCUGCGGCAGAUGAAUACUGCACGCCCCGAGUAGUUGAUACAUUGAAAAAGUAUUCUCCAAGCACUUGCAGCACGCGUGUGGAUGGGGGGACAACUGCGCUUCACAAUGAACUGGAGGAGUGCGUUGCAAACUUUGUUAGGAAGCCAGCUGCUAUAGUUUUUGGCAUGGGCUAUGUGACAAACUCCGCCAUUCUUCCAGUCCUGAUGGGGAAGGGAAGUUUGAUUAUUAGUGAUUCAUUGAACCACAACUCAAUUGUUAAUGGUGCUCGAGGAUCAGGAGCAACUAUUCGCGUUUUUCAACACAACAUACCAUCUCAUCUAGAAGAAGUGUUAAGAGAACAAAUUGCUGAGGGACAGCCUAGGACACAUAGGCCUUGGAAGAAGAUAAUGGUUAUUGUGGAGGGGAUAUACAGCAUGGAAGGAGAGCUUUGCAAACUUCCAGAGAUCAUAGCUAUAUGUAAAAAAUAUAAGGCAUAUACAUAUUUGGACGAAGCACACAGCAUAGGAGCAGUGGGUAAGACAGGAAGAGGUGUUUGUGAGCUCUUGGGUGUGGAUACUGCUGACGUAGACAUUAUGAUGGGAACGUUCACCAAAUCAUUUGGAUCAUGUGGAGGUUAUAUUGCGGGAUCUAAGGAACUUAUCCAAUACUUGAAGUACACUUGCCCUGCUCAUCUUUAUGCAACUUCAAUUUCACCACCAGCUGCACAACAAAUAAUAUCGUCUCUAAAAGUUAUUCUUGGAGAGGAUGGUUCCAAUAGAGGUGCACAGAAACUUGCACAAAUUCGAGAAAAUAGCAACUUUUUCAGGUCAGAACUACAGAAGAUGGGAUUUGAGGUUCUUGGGGAUAAUGAUUCUCCAGUAAUGCCAAUCAUGCUUUACAACCCGGCCAAAAUCCCUGCCUUCUCAAGGGAGUGCCUCAAGCAGAAUGUUGCUGUUGUGACAGUGGCAUUUCCUGCUACCCCACUGCUACUGGCUAGAGCUCGCAUAUGCAUAUCUGCUGCUCAUUCAAGGGAAGACCUGGUCAAAGCCUUGCAGGUUAUCAGCAGAGUGGGUGAUCUAGUUGGCAUAAAAUACUUCCCUGCCGAGCCAACAAAGCAGCAACAAGGCAAUAAAUCUGUGAAGUAUGAUUGAGCGAGAAGUUUUUCCAUAAGUAGAAGGGGAACAGAGAUUACUAAAGAUAGAUCUGUAGUGAUAAGAAGGCAUUUUGUUUAAAAGGGGAAUCAGUUUCAAACUAGCCGGUGUUCUGCUGUGUAUGAAUUCGUUGCUUUUUGUUGCCGUCUUCAAAAUUGUGGACUUCGCCCGGAGCAGCAGAUCCACUUAAUUGUUCUGAUAUUCAAGUGAACGUCUCCGGGAGGGAAAGUUUGUUCUUAUUUUGCUCAGUCAUUAGAUAAUAUGUAUAGUUGCAGUUGCUUAUUCAUUUGAAACUGACUUUUGCUUGGAAUUUUAAUCAAGUAAAAUUGAAGAUGAUAUAUUGAUUUGUAAUUUUGAAUGUGACUCUUUGGAAAGUGUAUAGACCGUCUUAGCUACGCUUUUUUACAAUCGAAACAAUAGGUUCUCUGCUUGAUUUUA